AUGGUGAUAUCUAAUAAUGAAUUUGGCAAAUCCUAUCAACAAGAUAAACGCAACGCAUUGAGAAGUGUCACCAAACGGACACUGACCAAACGCACUAAUAAUUUGACCAAUGGCUCAUCUACUUAUAAGAGAAGGAAAACCACCAGCAAAAAACGGCAUACUAAUGUUGGGAAAUACAAAAAAGGAAAGUAUUCCAAGAGAAGGAACUUGAGGCUCUGGCAUCAAUCAGUUGAAACUCUACAAGAAGGACAGUCCACUCUAGAAAGAGACGAUUCUGAGUAUCAACAGAGUUCAAAUCAGAACCAGAGAUCGAACUUCUAUCCAGACUCGGGAAAGCUAGUGGUAGCACUUGAAAGCAACCAAUACCAUCUUUCCUUAAAUGAACUAUAUGAUUGGCAGUCUCUUAGCUACCGAAUAAACAGCUUCGUACCUCAAGCUCCACGAUUGUCAAUCUCUUGCCGAUCCAGAAAUGUGAGAUCUUUGAAAAAAGUACCAACUUUGAAACAGCUAGCACUAGAAAAAUUGGUUUUGAAUAGUGAUUUUUUAAAACCAGCUCAUAUUAGCGCUAUUCCAAAGUGGUUCGGAUUUUGGCUGGAUGCAUGGCUCAGAAUUCUUGAAGAUGGAACAGAUAGCUUUCUGAAGUUUGAAAUAUUCGCAAACUUUUUCGGGAAGAACAAAGAUUUUGAUUGUCAUUUGAAAUAUAACCAAAGAUUGUUUGAUGAUGGCUACCAAAGACCAAGAAUUAGGGAUACUGUGAUUGCAGAACAGUGUAUUCCCAAUAUUAAGCAUAGAUUGGAAACUAUAGGGUACAACGUGCUUCUCAAUAAGUUUAUUGAUGAUACUUUGAUAAAUGGUGCUAAUGGAAAUGAAGUGUAUUUCGUCAAUGAUAGAAAUGAGCGGGAAUAUUUUCUGGUGGCAACGAAGUAUCUAUUAUUGAAUUUCAGUGGCUUGAAUAGCGAUGUACUCAAUUAUGAUCAGCUCGCUAAAUUGAAUAAUGCUAAAACCUUGAUUGGAUUGAACUUGAAUUGCAUCGAAAAUACUCCUGCAAAUGACAAUUUUUGCCAUAAUUUAAUUUUGUCUUGUAAAAGUGGCAAAUGUGCAAAUUUAUUGAUGCUUGGGCUACAAGACGUCAAUUUGUACAAUAUUAUUGAACUUCUAAAGCACUCAAAUAUUAUGUACAUUGAAACCAGCGAACUAUUGGAAAAUAUGGAUACCAAUGAUGUGAAAUUACUCAAGGUGAGUGAGGUGUUUGUGGGCCUAUGCUUCCAGAAAAAAUUGAACAACAUCUUGACAAAAUUCAGUAAAUUCAGCCAUAAAGUCAAGGAGAUACAUGAGAAUUUAUAUGUCUCUAAAAACUCUAUGUUAUUGGACUACCAAGUUGUUGAUCAAGUGUUCGAUAAUUCACAAAAAGACGUAAUUAAUGAGUUGGACAGAUUGUGGAGCUCGAGAAAAUCUAGUUCAAUAAAAUCACCUCGUUUCGGAUAUAUAGUGAAAAGAGUACCCAAAGCAACCAACAACAGCGCUACCAGUAUCGCAAAGUCUCAACUCAAGCAAAUGCCCAAAAAUAAAAUUACUAUUAGCUCAAGAUCAUUUUUCGGGUUGCCCAAAAAGCAAAGACCCUCCAGUUGA